CCUUUCCUCUGGUACGUGCUAACACUCGGAAUAGAAAUCAUUAGCCAAACCAAGUAGUUGAAGUGGCGACACUGAGAAAUACGUAUAGAUCACAUGUAUGGGUUUCAUUUUUCUAUCGAGUGUAAUAGGAAAAAUCUUCCCAACUUCCACGUGAGAGGAAGUGAUUGAUUUCCUCUUAUAUAUCUUUCCUUGUGCAUGCAGACACCACCCCAAGCCGAUUGCUUCACGCAACGAAGCGUCCCUCCAUGGAGAAGCCACAAGCUGGGUCGGCAGCGCAAGAGUGCACCGCUCCCUCCACCACCUUCGUCCGAGCCGACGCCACCACCUUCAAGGAGCUCGUCCAGCGGCUCACCGGCCCCAACGAGCGCGACGGAGCCCACCGCCCGGUCGUCGCCCCCGCCCCUCCUUCCUCCCCCACCAAGCUCUCCGGGCUCAAGCGGCUUCACGAGCGCAGGCAGCGCUCUCGGCCGAAGCUCACCAUCCUCAAACCGGGUUCCACGUCCAAGCCCCCUACCCCUGCCGUGCUGUCGCCUUCCGUGACGGGAGCCUCUGCGUCGCCUUCUGCUGACUUCGCCGGACUCAACAUAUGCGAGCACAAGGGCGUCGACGGGGCUGACGAGUUGGACGAAGAAGAGGAGGAGAGGGCCAUCAAAGAGAGGCGGUUUUACUUGCACCCGUCGCCCAGGUCUCGAUCCCGGAAUCCCGAACCUGAGCUGCUGCCUUUGUUUCCACUGACCUCCCCCAGGUCUCACCAAUCCUGAGAACUGCACAUUUAGUCACUGUGAUUUAGACUUCUUUGAAUGUGAUAUUACAGACAUGUUUUCUUAAUUUCCUUUUUUUCCACACAGAAUAAAAUUGUCUUCAAAGAUAAAUUAUACAUAAUGGUUAGACAACACUGUAAUUUAUGGCUUAGGUUU